AUGUUUGCAUCUCUUAAUUUUCAGAGACAGCUGUUUCUCUCCUCCUCCGAAUCAAACACCUGGAACCAUGCUGACAAUGGUGACAUUGUUGAUAAGGAUGAUAAAGAUAUCAUUGACAUGACCAUGUUCGAAGUUCAAAUUCUACCUGUUACCUGUGGUUCUGACUCUGGCAUCCUACACAAAAAUCGCUUUGCCACAGGGCGCUGUGGGAGAUGCAUAAGAACAAAAGACUUCUGGCUGACACCUGAGGAUUUCAUCAGACUAAACAAACCAGAUGGAAUGUGGAGAAAAGACAUUUUAUCCAGUGGGAUACCUCUUGGGAAACUUAUAAUGAAAAGAGUUUUGGAACUGCAUAUGAUAACCUGCGAUUGUAGGCUCUGUGAAGACCUGGAUCAGGACCUACAGAAUGAUGACAUGUGUUACGUGUGUGAUUCUGAGGAAGAUCUUUUGUGUUGUGACGAGUGUCCACGAGCUUUUCAUUCACGCUGUCACCUACCAGCUGUACAUAAGGACUCACUUGGAAGCCAGUGGAGCUGCACUUUUUGUGUGAUGAAGAAGAUGGAAGGUUCUAAUCAAAAGACCCUACAACACGUUUUGAGCAGUCCAGUCUCUCAGUACACACUGCACUGCCAGUACCUGCUGUUACACCUGCUACACGAGAGCAAGGUUCCAGGAUUCAGUGAGAACAUUUUUGAUCUGGGCAGAAUGAAGCUGAAGUUGGAGAAUAAUGAUUAUCAAACAUUACAGGAGUUUGUCACAGAUAUUGAACUGAUUUUCAACAACUGUUGCACCUCCAGUGAAGGCAGUAACUCGAGUAAAAUGACCUCAAAGCUGAAGGAAGUAUUCAAGAGGGAGUUUGAAACCAUCUUUAAGCUCCUAUAACAUCAUGCUGUGGGAUGUUUGUCAAUAUGUCAGUACUAUUGAAGUAUUGCUAUGUCCACAUAUUAUAAGCGAUGGCUAUUAAGCAUAUUGAAGAAAGGCACAACUCUGGUAUGUUUAAAUACAUUAUUAACAACUAAUUGUUCAAUUUGGAAUUGAACAAGUGUACAAUUUUUGUAAAUGCAGUUGUUACAACCUGAAUAUUUAGCAGUUAAUUUGGUUGUAUAACAGUUUUCACUCCUGUAAUUUACUAAGAACAGGGUAAAGCACUAAAAGGUAAACUGGCGAGCAAAUUUAGCUGCAGUGUGCACAUGGCCAAAGAAACAC